GGGAGAACCAGCGCAGUGUUGGAUAGCUUCGGUAACUAAAGAAGCUUUCUUCAGUGGUAUUCUAUGGAACUGCUAGGAUCAUCGGAAUAUUACGUCAAUAUCUAGCCAGCUUACUCAAGAGAAUGGAAUACAUAGUUACACAUAGCAGUAUCAUUAAAGGAAUUCAGCUUCAACGGUUUAAUCAACAGAUAACCCGAGCGUGAAUAUCGACUUCAGUGGAAGCUGUGGAAUUGAUACCGUAACAAGGAUUUGGUGAAAUUGGUGACAGCUGGAUUGAUUUAUUUGAGCUGCUUCAACAUGAGUGAUCUGGCUACAUAGCAAAUCCUGUUGCAAUGGAGGUAUCUGUUAAAAUUAAUGUCACCAGCGCCGACUUGGGUGCGGCUGCGGCCAGCAUCAAUGGAGGAUUGGAUUCUGGGGACAGACCAGGUAGAAAAGCUGCGGAGGGGCAUGUAUAUGAAAAAUUAGCAGAGGAGGUGGAUGAGAGUUUGGAGGAUGGGGAUACAGAUUUCAUCGAGAGUGAUGUUGGAAUAGGAAAGCAAGAAAAAGAGGCAAUAAUCGUGCUUGAUAGAGUUGGUGGGACAUCUGAUGAGGCUAAACUUGAUAGAACCCAGGCGGAUAAAAAUAAGUUGAGGAGUAAUUGCCACAACCAGGAAUACAGAAUCGAAGCCCCAGAGAGUGAUGAGAGUGAAUUGGACGUUGCUGGGAUUAAUUUACAAGAUGAUCAAAAUGGAAAUAAACUGGUUGUUAGGGAUGACGUGGAUACGAUCAGUCGUAUAACGGUGGUAUCGCAGCUGUCAACGCACAGUAAAGAUGAGGCGGAGAUUGCCAAAAUUCUUGGUGAGGAGAUAAUUCCCCUCGAGUUCUCAUUCAGUUACAUCCACCGGCCCAGCAUCAAAAACCAAUCCCUCAACCGCAUCAGCUUCCUACCUGGGAAGGAGGUGGAGGUGAGGAUAGUUGAGGUCAAGCCCACCGGGAUGCGCCUUAACCCGUGGCUGUAUGUGAUCGACUGUAAACAUGACAAGUAUGAAUGGACUAUCGAACGGAUACAUCGCCAGUUUGCCAGUAUGCAAGAUCGGCUGACCAUCUUCUGGGCUGAGACGAUGAUACCAUUGCCGACUAAAUCAAAUCGUGAUAGACGUAAAACUUUCCAGAGAAAGCCUCCUCUACGCCUGCCUACUUUUCCCAAGAGGCCAGAUGUAAUGGUGCUACAGGCACAGCUCGAGGAGAGACGGCUGCGACUUGAGAAGUACAUAAGGAGGAUAGUUAACCACCCCGUCUACCAGAAUAGACCAGAAGUGUGUAGCUUCUUCGAAGUGUGCUACCUGUCCUUCGUGAAUGGCCUUGGUGGUAAAGCCAGGGAAGGACUGAUCAAGAAACGAGCCGGUGGUCAUUCUAAUCCUGGCUGCUGUCCCUCAGUCUCGUUGCAGUUUGAACAUAGAUGGUUUGUUUUGAAAGACUCCUUCUUGGCUUACAUGCGUCCACUGCGGAAUGAGGGAACACUCAGAGAGGUCAUGUUGUUUGAUAGCAGAUUCAACGUUGAGCUUCGCAAUCACAGUGGUCUUCUCAUUUCAAACCAAAACAGGGAACUUCUUGUGCAUGCCAAGGAUGACAGCCAAGCAAGAAGCUGGCAGGAAGCUAUUCAGAAGAUGAUGGAAUCGAAAGGCCAGGAGUUCAUUGAGAAGAAAAGAUUUGGUUCCUUUGCCCCUAUCAGGAAGAAUAUCAAGGCUCAUUGGUUUGCUGAUGGCCGUGGUUACAUGGAAGCUGUGGCCAAGACGUUGGAUCAAGCUCAAGAGGAGAUUUUCAUCACCGAUUGGAUGUUCUCACCGGAGUUGCAUCUCAUCAGACCAAUAGAGGGCGAUCAUUACCGGCUUGAUAAUCUACUCAUAAGGAAGGCUAAUGAAGGUGUGAAAGUGUUCAUCAUGGUGUACAAAGAGUUUAGUGUUGCCGUCGACUUGGCUAGUCUCCACGUGAAACGCCUUUUAACAAGAGGCAAUAAAGAAAACAUAAAGGUGCUGCGUGACCCUGACCACGUGCCAGGUGGAGUGUUCUUCUGGUCACACCACGAGAAAGUCUGCAUCGUGGACCAGACUGUAGCACUCAUGGGAGGCAUAGACCUGUGCUUUGGAAGAUGGGAUGACUACCAGCACAGGCUUGUCGACCUGGGUUCAAUGACGGCAUCAGAAUCCUCCCAGCAAAUUGCAAAAGAAUUAGAAACAGACAACCAGGUGAAGGAAGCGCUACUAAAUGCUUUUGAACCAGAUAAGCCAGACCCAGGAGAAAGUAAAGAAGACAUGGAAACGAGCCGCAAGCGCAAGAUGAGUUAUUCUGUUGGUGCUGUGGGGUUUGCCCUUACUUUGGUGAAACGACCUGAGAAGAAACUAGAGGAACAGCCAGUUCAACCAACUGCAAAGGAAAAGGCAAUGGGAAGAUGGAAGAAAGCCGGUAACGUGGCCAAAGCAGGGGCGGCAUUCACUUCCAGUAUCCGGAGGCGCAAAGAGGAGGACGAGGAGCUUUUAUACCAGAGACCACGGCCGACCAAGCGGCGAGGUUACCUUGGAGAUAAAUGUGAAUCAUCUGAUUCUGAAGAAGAUGGAGCGACGAAGGGAAAUCUCCGCAAUAGACUGAAAAGGAGCUUCAGGAAGAAAUCUGCUGGUGAGAAAUUCAAAGAAAAAUUGAUGCGACCAACAUCACUUGAACAAGAGGCUGCGGAGAGGGGCCUGAAGGACCUGGGCACACUAUGGCCAGGGAAGGACUACGUCAACUUCAUGGAGAAGGAUUUCACAGAACUUGAAAAACCAUUUGAAGACCUGAUAGACAGACGGGUGCACCCACGUACGCCAUGGCACGACAUUGCUGCUGUCGUCACUGGGGCUGCUGCCAGAGAUUUGUCAAGACACUUUAUUCAAAGAUGGAAUUUCACAAAACAAUUCAAAGCAAAGGAAAAUGAGAAGUAUCCAUUGCUUCUACCAAAGAGUUACGACAAUAUAGAGGUGCCGGAGAUGUUCAAUGACUUUGGUGUCAACUGUGACUUACAGGUGCUUCGUAGUGUUGGUCACUGGUCUGCUGGGGUGAAGGAGACAGAGGAUUCCAUACAUCAAGCCUCCAUACAUGCCAUAGCGAAUGCUAAACAUUACAUUUACAUUGAAAACCAGUUCUUUGUCAGCUUAUACGAAAGUGAUGAUGUUUACAAUGAAAUCGCUGAUGCCUUGUUUGAGAGAAUUCAAAGAGCUCACACAAACAAUGAGAACUUCCGUGUUUACUUCAUCCUCCCCCUGAUCCCUGUUCCCGCGGCUGUCAUCACAUGGGUCUACAAGUCAAUAUGCCGUGACAAGAACUCGAUCCUGCAGAGGCUCCGGGCAAUUAUGGAUGAUCCAUCCCAGUACAUUGGGUUCUUUGGACUCCGGAACUGGGGGGAACUCUGUGAUGAACUGGUGACCCAAAUGAUAUACGUCCACAGCAAGCUGAUGAUUGUUGAUGACAACACUGUCAUCAUUGGGUCGGCCAACCUAAACGAUCGCAGUCUACUUGGCAAGCGUGACAGUGAGUUAGCCAUCUUUGUACAAGACACCGAGUUUGUGAACUCUACCAUGGAUGGGAAGCAGUUCAAAGCUGGCAAAUUUACACUCAAUCUGAGGAAGAGAUUGUUCAUGGAGCACUUGGGUUUGAUAGACAACCCUGACUCAUCCAUAAGUGUGGCAGAUCCGGUGUGUCCCCAGUUCUGGUACGACGUCUGGUGGAAGGCUGCUAAGACGAAUACCAGUGUCUAUGAUGAUGUUUUUAAGGUGUUCUUCUCAAAUAACGUCAAGACCUUAUCAGAUCUGAAAGAGUAUUCAAACGUACCAAAGCUAUGUAAGUUAGAUAAGGUGAAAGCCAAGGAGAUUCUCAUAACAGAUCUACGAGGAACCGUUGUGAUAAUCCCCCUGCAGUUCUUGGAGAAUGCAGACAUUUCAAUGAGUAUUGGAACAAAGGAGCAAUUGGUGCCUGAUAUCAUCUGGACUUAGGAUGUGACUUUGUCUUAAAAUGAUAUGGGGAGUAGCACCUGUUAUCACAAAGAACGAUUGUAAUAAUCCCUCUGCAGUUCUUGGAGAAAGCUGAUAAUUUCAAUGAGUGUUGGAACUGAGAAGUACACGUAGUUAGGCUCCAAUGCCAUCCAGACUUAGGAUGUGACUUUGUCUUUAACAGAGCUUUUGUGGACUUUUGGCUCGGAAUCCCUGCAGACCAUUUCACACUGUAAUUUAUGUAGUUUCAAGUUCGACAAGUUGUCAGCUCAGGCUUAAUGAGUUGCUUCAGCAUUUUUGUUGAAAUUGCUCUAUUAUCUUAGAUUAUUGCAGAGUUAAUAACCUUUAAAUAACUUUGAAUAUACUUGUAGCUCAUCUGUACUGGUUGAUGUUGAGGACACAAAAAAUGACACAAAACAGCUGCAUUUCUAUUGAGUGGUCAUUGCUCCAUUCCACUUUUUUCUCAAACCUAUAUAUCAGAAUGUCCGAUACAACUACAUGUAGGUACCGGUAACGCUGAGCUGGUGAUGUAUUAGCAUGAUCAAAAUUUGCAUUGUAAUCAUGUCUUGUUCAUUUAUCUCAAGUGUUUUAAACUUCAUCAAUGUACUUCUUAAUUUUUUAGCAAUUGUCAUUUGGUUGAUCAAGCCAGUAUCAAAAGUUGGUA